UACGCUUCUUCCGGAUUCUGUUGAUCUCUCCUCCUCACGCUGAAGAAAGGAUGCCGAGUGACCUCUCCACCCUCGCCGGCAGCGGCCAGACCGUGUGCGUCACCGGUGCCGGAGGCUUCAUCGCCUCCUGGCUUGUGAAGCUCCUCCUCGCGAGAGGCUACACCGUCCGAGGCACCGUCAGGAACCCCGAUGAUCCAAAGAAUGCUCAUCUGAGGGCGCUCGAGGGAGCAAAAGAGCGGCUGGCGCUCGUCAAAGCCGAUCUGCUCGAUUCCGAUGGCCUGCACGUCGCGAUCAACGGUUGCGAUGGCGUGUUCCACACCGCGUCUCCCGUGACGGACGAAGCCGAGCAAAUGAUAGAGCCGGCGAUAAAGGGCACGUGGAACGUGAUGAAUGCCGCAGCCGACGCCGCAGUUCGACGUGUGGUGUUCACCUCCUCGAUCGGCGCCGUCUACAUGAACCCUAACCGCGGGCUCGAUGCCGCCGUCGACGAGUCAUGCUGGAGCGACCUCGACUACUGCAAGGUCACCGAGAACUGGUACUGCUACGCGAAGACGGUGGCGGAACAAGUCGCAUGGAAGGUGGCGGGGGAGAGGCGGCUGGACCUGGUGGUGGUGAACCCGGUGCUGACGCUGGGGCCGCUGCUGCAGCCGACUCUCAACGCCAGCACAGCCCAUGUGCUCAAGUACUUGACGGGGUCAGCGGCGACGUACGUGAACGCGGCGCAGGCGUACGUCGACGUGAGGGACGCCGCCGAGGCCCAUAUAAGGGUGUACGAGGCGCCGGAGGCGGAGGGCCGGUACAUCUGCGCGGAGAGCACGCUGCACAGGGGAGAGGUGGUCCGGAUACUCGCCAAGCUCUUCCCGGAGUACCCCAUUCCCACGAGGUGCAAGGACGAGGUGAAUCCCCCAAAGAAGGGCUACAGAUUCACGAACAAGAAGCUCAAGGACCUGGGAAUCCAGUUCAUUCCUGUGACGCAGUGCCUCUUGGAGACUGUCAAGAGCCUGCAAGAGAAAGCCCUUCUCCCCAUCGUCUCCUGUAUCUCCCACAACUGAUCCCUCGUCACACUGCUGUGGGCAGCUGCGCAUGCAUUAUGCCUACAUAUAAUAUAUAACAGUAAUAAUAAGAAAUAUACUGUCCAUAUAUUAACGACAU